AUCGAAUCGCUCAACAUACAAAACAAAAGGGAAAAAAAAAAAAACGGAGACGCGGCGACGUCUAACAUCGGGUGCCGAUCGAUUUAGGGUUCCGGAUUCGUUUCCGUCUUCACCAGCAAAACAUGCCAGAGCCUGCAACGAAAAAGAAGCCAUCAUCGAUGACGACGACGACGAUACCAGACUGGUCUCUCCUCCCCGGAGAGCUUCUCGACGUAAUCUCCAAGAAUCUACACAACUGCUUCGACGUCCUCCACGCUCGCUCCGUCUGCACCACGUGGCGAUCAUCCGUCCCCUUCCCCGAUCGUCAGCUAACACGCCCGUCUUACACCUCUCUCCCUUCCUUCGCCGACCUUCCUUACGAGAGCGACGACGACGAGUUCUGCACCCUCGAGAAGGUCCCCGUCUUCCUCUUCCGAGCCAAAACUCGCCCCGUCCUGCCUUCUCUCUACUUUCUAGGAGGACUAGUCCGAAAUCACGAUCAUCCAUCUCCAUCUCAGCACUGCUCGUUGAAAGUGAAGGUCCACGAAACCGUGCUGAGCGUGACGAACGUUCUCAACCUUCAGAUCAUCCCUCUAGGGCACCACUACAGAGUGGUUGGUUUCAAUCCUCGAGAUCGGACGUCGAACUACAGAGGCGUCGCUGUUCUUCCUCUAAACAAAGGAAAAGGAGAAGGAAAAGACUUUAUUGCCCUCCUCAACCACACUGAGCUUCUUUAUAUCUUUCGAAGCGACGAUGAGAGGAGGUGGGUCGGGCUGGAGCGGUUCUCGGACGAUACGUUCUACGAAGUGGUCGCGUUUCGAGACAGGUUUUACGCGGCGUUUGUCACCGCGGGCGUUUGCGUUUUUGAUCCUUAUUCGUUUGAAGUCACUCCCCUCUUCCCCUCCCCGCCUCUGGAGCAGCCGCCCUUCAAUAACUUUGUUCGGUCCGGUGAUGGUGAUGGUGAUGAUGACGAGCUGUUUCUCGUGGUGAAGUUCUACCCGUUUCCUGAGCCGACUGUGAUUGAUUUUAAUCUGUUCAAGUGUAGAGUGAGUAGGCUUGACGAGAAAGCUGGGAAGUGGGUUACGGUUAGUGAUUUGGGAGGGCGUGUUUUGUUUAUUGGACGCUUUGGGAAUGUCUGCUGCUCGGGUGAGGAGCUUCCUGAUGGUUGCGGUGUGAGUGGGGACUCGAUUUUGUACACCAAUGAGCUAGGCGGUGUGACAUUCGCCUUUAAGUAUAGUGGAGGAGGAGGAGACGGCGUCCCCGGUGUUUGGAGAUUGUCAAGAGAGUAUCGUGUGUCAAUCCUCAGCCAUUCUCCCGUGGUGGCCCUCCGGGUUGAGCGUCAACCCCUCGUGACUCCUACUUUGGGUACUUGACAGACACAUCCGUUUGCAUGCAUUUUUUGUGAUCUCUGGUGUUAUUAUUAGCUGAAAAACUAGAUCAUAGAGUUUGUUGAAACAUGUGGAAGUUGAGAAUGUAAAGGAUUCGAGUUUGGUGUAUCAGACAGUACUUUGUGUACAAAGCUUUCAAGAUUUAAGUAGUUUACUCCCUGCUUGUUUGGACUGGACCUGCUGAUCAUAACUCAGGCGUUUAGAGAUAUUAAUAUUGUGUAAACAUGAUCUCAAAAGUUCCCAAGAAUCUUGUUGAUGAAUGAAAAAUUUAUUUG